GUUUUGUACAUCCCUCUAGCGCUUAAAGACGAGAUAGUUCGGGUGAAGUUGGACCGCAUUUACCUGACAUACGCCGAGGCUACGGUUCUUGAAGUGGUGAAGCCUAGCCCGGAGCGGGACGACUCCUUGUCUCAGUGCCAAUACUUUGGCAAGUGUUCUGGCUGCCAAUUGCAGAUGUUACCCCAGGAAAUCCAGCUCGAAUGGAAGCGUAGACAAAUUUCCAGUGCAGUCAGCAUAUUUUUCCCAAACGACAGCCAACUUCCGGAGAUUGGCGCAACUAUUGCCAGUCCCCGCACGUACGGUUACAGAACUAAGUUGACUCCGCAUUUUAACGGCCCCUCCCGACGGGGCGAGGCUCCACGGGAGACCAAGAUCGGGUUCAACGGGUUGGGCCGGGACUCUGCCCGCUUGAUUGACCUCGAGCGGUGUGCCAUUGCCAGUGACGUCAUCAAUGAAAACUUGCCCGCAGAGCGCCAGGGUGUGAAGGAUGGUCUCCAUAACUGGCCUCGUGGGGGCACACUCUUGAUGAGAGAGUCUGUGGGGGAAAAUGGUGCGAAGAUGAAUGUGUCGCAGGAACGGGCCACCGUCAGAGAGAUUGUGAACGGGAAAAUCUUUGAGUUUCCGGCGUUCAGUUUCUUUCAGAAUAAUAAUUCAAUUAUACCAAGGGUUUUGGAUCAUUUAACGGAGAACUUCUACAUCACACAGGCGGGUGUGCAGCACAAGCCCAGGUACUUGAUCGAUACGUAUUGUGGGUCGGGGCUUUUUGGGAUAUCCUUAUCGGGGCUAGUCGAUAAGAUGAUCGGGAUUGAGAUCGACAGCUCUUCCUUGAGAGCUGCUGCAACAAAUGCAGCACUCAACAACUUGACCAACUGCGAGUUCGUGGAAGGUUCUGCCGACGAAAUAUUCUCCAGCAGCAUUCUCAGCCGAGAGAUCAUCGCCAGUGACGCCUGUGUGAUCAUGGACCCAUCGCGGAAGGGCUCCAACGCUGUGUAUUUGGACCAGCUAGCAGCCUUCCAACCAGGUCUUAUUUAUUACAUCAGUUGCAAUGUCUACUCCCAGGCUCGAGACUUGCACUACUUUUUGACCCAGACAGAAAACGGGGCUGGGUACCUGGUCAGACACAUUAACGGGUUUGAUUUCUUUCCGCAAACAAAGCAUGUCGAAUCAGUCGCUAUUUUGGAAUUG